AUGAUAGAUCAAAAGGAUUUCGCCGCGACAGAAAAAUGCACUGAGAAUAUAAUGCUCGUGAUUCAUACCUUGAUGGACCUUGAAUUCCAGAAGGAAAUUUGUUUGCAAAGCAUUAUUGCACUUUGCCAAAGACUCAAGAUUGAUUACGAUCCCAAACAGACUCAAGAUACAAGGUUUCCUAAAUUGGGCGUUAAAGUUCUACAAUCCACACUCCUUCAUAUCAUGGAUUAUUCCCACGCCCCAUCCCUUCGCAUACUAAGCGAGCUUGGAAGCCUUCACAUAGAUUUGUUUGAGCUUGAAGGUGAUAUCUGCGACAUUGAUGAAGCGAUCAAAUAUCACGCCCGAAUAAUGUCGAUUAAUACAAUUGGAUUGGAAAACAUUCAUGAAAAGCUACAGCAAGCCACAUUUCGGGUUGCGAAUAAACAGGAUCUACAGAAUUCCACACAAAACUUAGAACGCGCACUAGAGUGCGAGCUUCGUGCUCUGGAGCUAGUGUCUGAAGAAGGACCUGAGAUGGCGAUUGUUUUCAACAACCGUGGCUAUUGCUAUAGACUUCUGUUCGAGCGUACUCAGGAUCUAUGCGAUAUUAAUGCAUCUAUUGAAGACCUUACAAAAGCUACCUCAAUUUUACCGAAGGAUUACCCGGUAUUGCCUGGCUGGUUUACCAAUUUGUCCGACUCAUAUAAAUUGAAGUUUAACCACACACACGAGCUUAAUGACUGCGACCAGGCGAUUUUUUGCAUGGAUCAAGCAAUUGCGCAUACACCCAAAGAUGAAGAUCGAUUCUCCCUUGCACCCUGCCUCUAUAGGUUAGGGGUGCUAAGGUGGCUUCGGUUUAACACAAGCCAUGAUCAACAAGAUCUUAGGACGGCAAUAAUGCACUUGGAUUGCACCAUAAUAGCUUCAGACCUCAGAAGUUCAGUACGCCCACAUUACCUGAACUAUCGUGGAAACGCGCAAAUGUGCCUUUUUGAGUACACGGAGAGCCUUGAUGACUUAGAAGAGGCCCUGGAACACCUAUCAAUGGCAACUGAAAUCUGCACUGAAAAGGACCUCCCGAAUUACCUCAGCGACCUUGGAAGAGCCCAUCUGCAUCGAUUCAAAAAGACGCAUGAUCACCAGGAGCUUGAGCUAUCAAUAAACCAACAAGAUCAAUCAGUACGCCUUGCUUCCAAAUUCGAUCAGGACCAUCAGAGUUUACCAGUGUUUUUUGCACACCUUGGUAAUGCAUACAUGUGCCGUUUCGAAGUAAAUGGACAGGUUGAGGACGUCGAUAAAGCCGUAAAAAACCUGCUGCAUUCAGUCUCAAUAGGGACCAAAUCUGGAAAGACUCAUAUUGGCGUACCUGACUGGUAUAAUAACUUAGGAAAUGCAUAUGCACGCCGCUUCGAAAGAAUUGGAGAGAUACAUGACAUCGACAAGGCUAUUGAAUAUUUAACUCAAGCAGUAGCUUUGACUCCAAAAAAUCACGUUGAUUAUGCCGAUUUCCUAAACAAUCUUGGAUGCGCUCAUUCUGCUCGAUUCGAGGAAACCAAUCAAACGAAUGACAUAACCAGGGCAAUUGAGCUUCAAAAUGAGGCUAUGUCAAUAGUCAGGGGAGGCCUGAGUCAAAAUCAAUUGUCGACUAUGCUAGGCAACUUGGGGACUUCGUACAUUCGCCAGAUCGAGGGUGAUGAGCUUGCAGUCAUUGACAAAGCAAUAGAGGUCCAAACCGAAUCCAUAUCAAAAAUGUCCAAAGACUCCUAUCUGAACGCUGUCUGGUUCCAUAACCUAGGCAAAUCAUACCUCAAGCGUUUCGAGCUAGAUUCUCAGGUCGAAGAUAUUGUUCAAUCUAUACAUUGGCUAUCUCAAGCGGUGGAGUUGAUGCCUCCAAAGUAUCCGCACUUUGCCUUGAUACUUGCCAAACUCGGGCUUGCGCACGAAUAUAGAUAUCAAAAGUCCCAGGAAGAAAGUUCGUACAUGAAUGCAACGGAGUGCUAUCGAAAGGCCAGCCUGACACUGUCAAGUCGCCCACUUGACAAAUUUGACGCAGCUAGACGCUGGGCACGUUUGGCGAGGAGCAGCUCAAGGAGUGACUGUUUGGAAGCAUUCGGGGUAGCAAUGGGUCUGGUCCCGCAGGUGGUAUGGCUUGGUGUGACAUUGAGCCAGCAGUACAGAGAGGUUCAAAGUAUCGGUCGGUUUGCAUCGGAAGCAGCGGCAGCGGCAAUAACGCACAAAGAAUACUCGAAGGCAUUGGAAUGGAUCGAACAAGGUAGGUCAGUAGUCUGGAGCCAGCUCCUACGAGUAAGGGACCCACUCGAAUCCCUUCAUAAACAACAUCCAUCGCUAGGAGAAGAGCUCAAAGAAAUCGCUAAGAAGCUCGACAAAGCAAUGUUACUUGACAGGAGCAGAGGUGGAGACGCAUAUUCAGAGGCAGAGGCCCGGGAUCAUCACACAUCAGCAAACCGGUACGAAACAAUUCUCGCAACAAUACGAAAAUUGGACGGAUUCGAGGAUUUUCUGCUUCCAAAAACAGCGUCCCAACUACUACCUGCUGCCAAAUACGGGCCGGUGGUGCUGCUCAAUGUGGAGACUCUUCAUUGUGACGCAUUGAUUAUGUUUCCCAACCGGGAUGCUGUGGGCCACGUACCACUGCCUAACUUAUCGUUGAACUCGGUCAAUAAGGCAUGUUCGGUUCUCGAAAACUAUCUUCAGUACUACGGUACCAGGUCAAGAGAUAAUCCUCGACGACCUCUUCUACCGUCAAACUCAGGGUAUGAUGAAUGUGAUGAGCUUGCUGACCAGCUCGCGAUGCUUUGGACAAAUACGGCAAAGCCUGUACUCGACUACAUUCAAAUGAUUUCUCCUUCGAACAGUAUACCUCACGUAACCUGGUGUACCACGGGCUCGAUGACAUUCCUUCCACUCCACGCUGCCGGCCUCUAUGAUACACCAGCAUCUAAAAUGUCCGACUUUGCUAUUUCCUCGUAUACACCCACUAUUGGCUCUCUGCUUUCCAAGCAUGAGACAUAUUUUCCGAACCAGCUUCGCGUUUUAGUCAUAGGCCAGGAGAACACUCCGGGGCACACUCAGCUCCUGGGUACUCGUGAAGAGCUUAUUACACUUUCGAGCUUCAAGGAAUCUUUCUGCGCUUUCAAGAAGAUUGAAGAAAGCGAGGCGACAAAGUCGGCAGUACUUGCUGCUCUUGAAGAAUACAAUUGCGUGCACUUCGCGUGUCAUGCAUGUCAAGCUACUUCGCAGUUUGAUCAAAGUGGAUUUGCGCUUCACGAUGGGAGACUUACAUUAUCUGAGAUCACGGCAAAAACGGUAGCAGGAAGGAAAUUCGCUUUCCUAUCAGCGUGUCAGACAGCAAAAGGAGACAAGAUGCUUGCUGACGAAGCGGUGCAUUUAACCUCUGGUCUACUGGUGGCCGGAUAUUCAAAUGUCAUCGGGACUAUGUGGUCCGUGAUAGACGAAGACGCACCACUGGUAGCAAAAGGAGUAUAUCAAGAAUUAAUGUUCAACGGCCAUACAAAAGGAAUUAGCGGAAACACAAUCGCAAGCGCCUUGCAUAAAGGGGUCAAUGAAUUACGGGCAAAAGUGGGAGACAGGGAGUUUUAUCGAUGGGUUCCUUAUAUCCAUGUUGGAAUUUGA